AUGGCCUCGCAGGCCUGCACAGCCAAGGUGCCAGCCAUCUCCAAGCGCAUGGCAGCCACAGAUCACCCCCCCAUCUCCAAGAUCCUGACGCAUAUCGCUGCCAGUGGCCGCGACGUCCUCACCCUGGCACAAGGCAUCUCGCACUGGGGCCCACCCCCCGCCUGCCUCGAAGCCGCCCGGCAGGCGUCCAGUGAGCCAGAGACAUACGCCUAUGGGCCGGAUGAGGGCUUGCCAGAGCUGCGACGGCUGCUGAAGGAGAAGGUGGAAACGCAGAAUGGCCUGGAGGGGUACGAUGUGGUGGUCACCCCGGGGGCCAACCAGGCAUUCAUGAACGUCGUGCUGGCCACGCUAGACCCCGGCGACGGCGUGGUCCUGUUCAAGCCCUACUACUUCAACCACCACAUGGCGCUGCAGAUGACGGGGUUGGGCCCUUCUAUCGUGUACGGCCCCUGCACGCCCGAGCACCUCCACCCCGACCUGGACUGGCUGGAGGCGGCCCUGGCCCGCCCCUCCCCGCCGCGCAUGGUGGUGCUGGUCAACCCCUGCAACCCAACCGGCGCAGUGCUGGCGCGUGGGGAGCUGGAGCGCGCGGCGCGGGCCUGCGCAGCCGCCGGAGCCUGGCUGGUGGUGGACGACACCUAUGAGGACUUUGUGUUUGGGGGCGAGGCCCACUGCGCGGUGGCAGGGCCGCACGUGGUGCACCUCUUCUCCCUCUCCAAGGCGUACGGCCUCGCCGGGUGGCGCGUGGGCUACGUAGCGCACGGCGCGGGCCCCGCCCUGGCCUCGGCCCUGCUCCGCGCGCAGGACACCAUGCCCAUCUGCGCGGCGCAGGCCAGCCAGCGCGGCGCCAUCUACUUCUGGGCGCGGCUGCCGGGGCGCGCCCCGGACGAUGAGGCCUUUGUCGCCUGGGCCAUUCGCCGCCACGGCGUCAGCGUCGUGCCGGGGUCUGCGGCGGGGAGCCCAGGCUUCAUCCGGGUCAGCUACGCCAACGCGCCGCCGGAGACCAUCGGCGCGGCAGCAGAGAGGCUGGAGCGCGCGCUGGUGGAGUUCGCGGCGUGCGAGGGCGGGGAGCUGCCCCAGGGUGCGGCCUGA